GCGUCAGUUUGGAGUGUGAGGAGCUUGCAACAGACAGUCAAAAGUCCUCACGCGGAACCUAACAUAACGGUAUUGUAGAGGAGCUUGGACAUCCCUAACAUCGUGGUUUGUCGUUCGGUUGGACCUAUUGAUCGAAUCGUCAUUAAAGUGUUUCAGGGCAAAGAAGGAGACAUCAAUGAAUGGUCUGGUAGAGAUGUGUGCCCUGACAGGGCAUGAAGAGAGAGUGUGGGGCCUGGCAUGGAACCCCUCAGGGACGUUGCUUGCCUCGUGCAGUGGGGACAAGAGUGUCCGCAUCUGGGGACAGGAGGGAGACAACUGGGUAUGUAAGACAGUGCUGACCGACGCCCACCAGCGGACAAUCCGGUCAGUGUCAUGGUCCCCAUGCGGCAACUACCUCGCCAGUGCCAGCUUCGAUGCAACCACAUGCAUAUGGAGUCGGAAGGAAGGGGAGUUUGAGUGCAUUGCCACCCUGGAGGGCCACGAGAAUGAGGUGAAGUGUGUGGUGUGGGCGCCCACAGGAAACAUGCUGGCUACAUGUAGUCGGGACAAGAGUGUGUGGAUCUGGGAAGUGACAGACGAGGAGGAGUAUGAGUGUGCCAGUGUGUUGAGUGUACACACCCAGGACGUGAAACACCUGGCCUGGCACCCCACCAGGGACAUCCUCGUCUCCUGCAGCUACGACGACACCAUCAAGUUUCUGAGGGAGGACAACGAUGACUGGACGUGUUGUUCCACGCUGGAGUCCCACACCUCCACCGUGUGGGACAUAUCAUUCGACAAAUCAGGGACGCGCUUGGCAUCCUGCAGCGAUGAUACAUUAGUGAAGGUCUGGCAGGAGUAUGUCCCAGGGAACAAGGAGGGUGUGGUCACCGUGGGCAGUGACCCCACAUGGAAGUGUGUCUGUACCCUGUCUGGCUACCAUUCCAGGUGCGUCUAUUCCAUUGACUGGAGUCACCUGACGGGGCACAUUGCGACAGCAGCUGGCGAUGAUGCAGUGAGGGUGUUUGUGGAAGACGCAGGGUCUGAUGUGAACCAGCCACAUUUCAGUUUGCUGACUACUGUUCAUGGGGCACAUUCACAGGAUGUCAACUGCGUCACCUGGAACCCCAAAGUGGCAGGACUUCUGGCAUCUUGCAGUGAUGAUGGCUCUGUCAAGCUCUGGCGACUGACCGAACAGCAAUGACAGCUCUGUCAAGCUCUGGCACGUGGCUGAUAGCAAUGGCAGCUCCGUCAAGCUGUGACAACUGACUCAACAGCAAUAUAAUUGCUCUGCCAUGCUCUGGCUUGGGCUGAACACCAACUGCAGCCUUGCCAAGCUGUGACGACUAACUGAACAUCAGUAAUUGCUCUGUCAAGCUCUGGCACAUAGUUGAACAGUGAUGACAGUUUCGCCAAGCUGUGACGACUUACUGGGAAUCAAAUGUUCAGGGUAACCAACACAUUGUACCCUUAUAUAACAGCCAGUGAGUUUCCUGGAAGAUGUAAAUAUGAAGGAUGAUCAAAUUAUCUGUACAAGGGGCAGCAAAUUCCAGCCAUGAAUAUUAUCACACCUGUUCUUGUUUCAUGUUCUGCAUAUUCCUAUAGUAAGCAAAUACACUCCAGAUUUUGUUGUAGAAAGUUACUCACCACUAAUGUACAUUAAUUAUAAGUUUGAGAUUGAGGAGGUCUUCCUUCAAUUAGCUUCACUGCACACACCAGGUCUAGAACUACCCUUCCCCUAAUGUAUGCCACUCAAACAUCUUUUCUUCCACUGUGUAGUAAUUAUUGAGGACACAAAAUUAUCACCAAAUAUUGUUUCCUGUUUGUAAUUGUAUGUGAUAUCAAAAUGUUGUCUAAUAUUGAUUUUAUGUGUUAAAAAAAUAUGUUAAUAUGAA